CCAAUAGCCGCCGGUUACGGGGAAAAAUGUAAAACGGCGGCAGACUGUGAUGAGUCCAAGAAACUGAAUGUUUGCCAAAAAGUCUCCAGUACCUGUAUGGAAGGGGUCUGCAUGUGUUCGCCAAAAUUCAAAUCUUCUGACGGCAUCUGUAUCCCAGACGAGAACUUUUCCGUGGUGGGAGAUGUGUGUCAAACCAGCACUGUAGUGGUCAACGGCGAAUGUAACGCUCAGACAAAAAGGGUCCAGUGCGAAGCUGGAACCACAAAUGUCGGGAACUCUAUCUGCAUUGGAAGCAAUGAGAAACUUCUUGGUGACGCGUGUGGAACGGGUGAUUCGUGCUAUAGCUACUUCCCUGGCCAGUUAGCGCAGCGGGCCCAGUGCUCAGGAGGCGUUUGCGGCUGCGCAGUCAACACCAUCUGGGAAGGGACCACAUGUCGACCACGUCGGUUCUCAGACUCAUGUAGCUUAACGUUGCAGUGCUCCGCUUCCCAUAGCUGUGUCGACGCCAAAUGCGUAUGUAAGAACGGCCAGAAAAUCUUUAUGGAUUACUGUUUUGGAUCUGAAGACUAUGGUCAGGUGGCCGAGAAAUCGAACUGUACUUUCGAGGCGAAGUGUGCUCUUGGGCUUAAAUGUGCCACAUGCACAGAGAACCCUUACCCCACCUGCGUCAAGAUUGACUCAGGUGCUCCUAGAUCUGCGUACCUAGCUCCCUGGAUCGUGGCUGCUCUUAUGAUGAGUCUUACAAAACCCUUUUUCUAAAACUCCAAGACACCAGAAUCGAUGCCUGUUGGAACAAAAAUCUCACUUCUACAAUGCAACAGUUUCGUCUCGGUAUAAUCUGAAAAAAAAAGAAAUGGGUAACUUACACGACUAUUUCGCCCGAGUGGUUUUGACACGCGCUCGGGAGGAAGGGGGGUGGGGGGUGUUGUGGAAAGGGAAGGAGAGGUUGUGGAGACUGAUGCACCAUGAUCCGAGAACGUCAUUUUUAUCUUUUGCUGAAAAACAGUGUGAGUUCUUUUUGGAAAUAUCCAAAAUGAAUUAUAGCAAUGACCUAAAAGUUCCAUCUUUUGUUUCCCCAGGUACAGUGCAUGUUUAGAAGUCUUUGUCAAAAGGCCCUAAAAUUGGUUUUUAAAACUAAAGUUGGAAAUCCUAAAAGUUGUUCUUCGAAGAUGCACUGAAUCAAGUACAGCCAUUCUGAAUUCUUUAUUUCAACCUCCAACACUCAGCUACAUUGUUUGGAUGAUGCCUCAAUAGGAGUCAGCUACAUUGUUUGGAUGAUGCCUCAGUAGGAGUCAGCUACAUUGUUUGGAUGAUGCCUCAAUAGGAGUCAGCUACAUUGUUUGGAUGAUGCCUCAAUAGGAGUCAGCUACAUUGUUUGGAUGAUGCCUCAAUAUGAGUCAAUUCUUGAGUGAUUUGUCCUCAAGCCAUAACAGGACAUCUAAACGGGGAAUGUCCUUGUCCUUUUGGCAAUGUACGAUCUUGAAAUUAGACUGACCAACUCCCAGGAGCUUACCUUGUUACCUGUGCAUGGCAACUCAAAGCUUUUUCAAGGGACUGUACCCAUAUUCGUGAUCAAAGUUUCAUUUCGGUUCCUUUUCAUGUUUAUUUGAAGACAAAAGCGUUAAAAAAACCAAAAAUGAAUGAAUCAUUGCAUAAUAUUGUCAAAGAUGUAUCCCUGAUAUAUGGCAGACACGUACUUUAGAUUUUAUCUCAGAUGACAGACUUCACAAUGAGUUACCAAAACUACCCCAUCUACCUCCACAUCACAUAGCAUGGAGAUUGCGCCAGUUAACUUAACAGUCAUCGAUGGCUCUGCAAGGUUCAGGUUUGAAUCGCUAUACUAUACGAUUCCUUACAAUGUAACCAUGCUAGUCAGGCCAGUGCCUUCGUUGCCAUUAAAAUUUAAAUGUUACUGAUUAAACCAAGUCUUAACGCGGGUGCUAGUGUCAUAGGCACUAAUGGGAAUUUAACUGUGUUUUUUAUGAUCUAGCCAUGUAUAUGGCCGCUGAAAGAAAACAUUACGCAGGCGCAUGGGCGUCAACGACACAGGUGAAGCAUUAACAAUGAGUGGUACAUCGAUAAAGUUGAGAUGACAGGUAUGUACAGCUUUACUGUAAGUUUGUGGUCAGGGAAUGGAGGAGGAUCACGUGACAUUUAUUAGAUAACGAUUUGGUGAAUUCCACAAAUCGUGUCAAAUGGUGUUUAUCCUACAUUCAUUCGACUUCUCUAACUCGAAAAGUAGGUAAGGCAUUCACAUCGUGUGAACGCGGCUUUACCAUUUGUUGUGCCUAUGACUGUUCACAUAUAUACUCUCUAGUGCCAACUUGAAAGUCUUGCACUGCAUUUGUCGACGAGAAUUUGUGUAGGCGACUGACAAUGAUACCCGUGAGGGUGGAGACCUAAGUCGCUUUCAUAGAGAAAACAAAGGGGAGAGAUUUACUUCAGCAUGACAAGAAGUGAUAUUCGAUCACAUAUAUGUCUAUUUGAAUCACGAUAAAACUUUGAUUCAGCCAAUGGUUAAGGCACAAUAUUAAGUAAUCAAAGAAUUAAGGUAGCCGUAUAUAGAUAAUAUGGGCUCGACUAUGUUGGCAAUGAAUUUUUCGAUUCCGUGGCAAAUUAAUAUUUUCUUGCUUUCUAUUCGUAAACUUGUAGGUUCUGUUUGGUGCAAAACUGUAAACACGCUUACAAAAGCAUGCUGGAGUAAGAGAUUAAAAUAUCAUGCUCAAACCCCCGUUUUUGUCCUCAGCUGAGUUCAUACCUUCUCCAUCAUCUCAGAUUCGUAGCAAAAUAUCACCAGAGCACGCUCCCAGAGGUUUGUGCAUUGUAUCUGAAAUGAGCACAGCAAGUUUAAUAACCUUAUGUCUUUUUCGAUUUCCCAUCGAUAAGUGUUCAAUGGAUGUUGUCCUUCCGUAGUUCAAUAAAAAUGUCGAUAAUUGUGCCAUACGAAUGUACAUCAGUAAUUUUCAGUUCUGUAUAUUUAGACCUUGAGACUAUAAUGACCAGGACUAUGGUACAACGUUGUAAGGUUGUUUCGUAGAACUGUAGUUAAUGUAUUCUUAGUAGAAUUUUUGCAAUGUAAAUUUUCCUUGAUGACUAGCUACGUUUCUGCGUCGGUUUCAUGUUGUUACCUGUGGUACAGGUGAAAAUUAUGUCUCAUUUCCUAUAUUUUUUGCUUUGUUUUUUGAUUUUUUAAAGUUUUUUUGUAGAUUUUUUGGCUUUCAUGGGCGGUUGUAAGAUUUACGCAUAUGUUUUGUGAUAAGUUUUCAAUCUUUAUCAAUAAAUGUACGUUGUAAUUUGA